GGCUAUCAUACGAGGUUUGUCUGGCUGUCAAAAAUCCUCGCAAUUGCUGCCGAGCCCAAAGCUCGUCCUCCACCCGCCAAACAGACUCGAAGCCAUUCCACGCCAACCGCCGUACCACCUCGCCGCUCCCCCCUCCGAACGCCCAAUUAGCCUCGAGCCGGCCCGGAGACCCUGUCCCGAUCACCCUCCCCCCCCUCGAAAAAUCCCACGUCCCUCCCUCCCUCCCACCCGCCGCGAUGCUGCGCACCACGGGCUCGACCAUGCUGCGUCGCAGCGUCCUCCAGGCCGGCCGCGCCUCGCCGGCCGCCCCGAUGGCCUGCCGCGCCGCCUCCACCCGCGCCCUAUCCAAGCCAAUGCUGGCAAACAUCGAGAAGAGAUGGGAGGGCAUGCCGCUGCAGGAGCAGGCGGAGCUGUGGAUGGCGCUGAGGGACCGCAUGAAGGAGAACUGGGCCGAGCUGAGCCUGCAGGAGAAGAAGGCCGCAUACUGGAUUGCCUUCGGCGCACACGGCCCCCGCGCCCUGGACCCCCCCGGCGAGGGCAAGAGGGUCGCCCUGUACGUCGCCGUCGGCAUGGGCGUCAGCCUCGCCCUCUUUGCUCUCAUCCGCUCGUUGGCCGGUCCGGCCCCGUCCACCAUGACUAAGGAGUGGCAGGAGCAGACCAACGAGUACCUCAAGUCUCAAAACGCGGAUCCCCUCACCGGUAUUUCGUCCGAGGGGUACUUGGGCAAGGGCAUGGUCCAGUCCCCCCCGGCCAAGCGUUAAAUAUUUUCCAUUUAUCUCCCUCUCUCAAUACCAAAGUGCAGCUCGUCCUCAUGGCCAUUUGCCCAUGUAUAAAAGCUUUGACGGGAUGCUCAGAUUCGCGGGUAUCUUUGCCCAGGGUGGUUGGUGUAAAUAUCAUGUACUGCGACGGGGGCUAGACGAUAUUUUUCUUUGAGGUCAUCACUGCAAUGCAUCCAGCCGCUGUGCCAUCGUGAUGAUAUGCUACCUUUUUUGUUUGUGCUAUUCCAGAAGAUCAUAAAGAGCAGGUAGGUAGGUACCUAACUGUUUCGAGUAAACGAUGCUAUUAACGGUGCUCUGCGGGCGCGAAUUGCUCCAAAAACGCCACGAUAAACCAUGAUUAAAAAUACCAAAACAAAACUCAUAAUAAGUACUAGCACUCAUCUUCAAUGUCAACAUAUCUCAUG